GCGAUCUUCUUUGCUGGCACAACUCGGUGGCAUGGAGACCAUCGUGAUCGACGCGCCCGACCUGGCAGCUGUGUGGACCUCCAUCGUCCACGCUCGCGCCACGUCAUCCGCUGACGACGCCAGUCUGCGGACGGUCGCCCUUCAUAUGAGCCUCUUCCUCGUCUUUCUGUUGCCCAUCGGUCAUGCCAUGGCGUCCAUGGCCGCCGCCGCCAGUAGCUUCGAGCGCCGCAGUACGCUCUACACCGCGGGUCUCGAGACAGCAUCAAGGAUUGAACCCGCAACAGUCAUUUGCAUGGGCGUGGCCGUCCUCGUCCUCGUGUUGCAGCUGCUCUCGGCGGUGCUCGAUCCUCUGGCCGCCGACGCCUUGAUGUUCCACGUUGCAACAGGCCUCGUCCUCAUCUCGGUGCUGCACGGAACACUACACCUGCAGCUGCCGUCUCAAUUGCUGCUCGUUUUGAUAUUGGCGGCGGGGGGCGUCGUGUAUCCUGCGAUUUUGCUCGCCGCGUGGGCGGACCAUGGCUGGUUCACCCCCGACGGGAGCGGUCUUGGCGCGAUCGACAUGGGCGGGCUAGCUGCGGUGCAUAUUCCUAUUGGCAGCAUUGUUUUGACCGCGAUGCUUGUUUUGCCCGACACGCUCCAGACAGCCCAUGUGCACGCUACGGACCCCUUCUCGGUCCUCGCGUCGGGCAUCACGGGGAUCGGGUGGCCGGGCCUCGCCCUCGGCCACGCGACGCUCUUUCUUCGCAGCGAUAACUGGCUGCCAACGCUUGUGGGCAUCGCAGUCGAUACCAUCUUGGCCUCGGCAGGUGGCUCGCUCGUUGGGCUCGUCGCGAUCGUCAUGGCGUUGCCAGCCAUCGACGUCUCUGUGUGCGCGAUGGCGGGGUUUGUCGCUGGCUCGGGCGCGACAGGCUUGGUUCCUCCGUACGUUGCGCUGCUACUGGGCGUUCUUGGCGCUUGCGUCUACUUGGCCGUUGCCAAAGCCGCGGUGGCUGUCCAACGCCUCCGGGUGCCGAGCGAGUACAGCAGCGCCGUUGCUCUGCACUUGGGCGCUGGUGUCUUUGGCCUACUCGCGACCAGCGUCGUCGUUCCGGACACGCAGCGUAGCGCGCUUCUCGGCGCGCAAGAUCGGACGACGUGGCAGCAGCUCGGCGCCAAUGCGCUCCUCGCGCUUCUUGCGAUGGCGUGGAGCAUGCUCAUCACCGCCGUCGUGCUCGUGCCGGUGCGAAUGCAGCGCGACCGCGACGUCCAACGUCUGGUCUAUACGGAGAUGGACGACUUUCGCUUCGACUCGUACCAUGACGACGACGGAUCGACGAUUUCCAGCAGCAAGCCGCGUCUCAGCGAGUGGCUUUAACGUCAUAAGCGUAAACAUCUUUCUCGCGGAUCACGUGAUCCGACCAAGAUCUGGGAUCCUGUCAUUUCCUU